AUGGCCUUCCAGAGCUACACCUCGUCGGACCAGCUGCUGCACCGGCAGCGCGAACGCCUGCUCGAAGGGGACGGAUCUCGGAAGUUGUCGCUAUUUUUUGCCACUCUGUGUGUGGUAGAUCUGUUCGGUGUAUUUCCCAUCGUGGCGCUUCCAAAAUCGAUAAUCUCCUGCGGCCUGUACGGCCUGCCGCUAGUGCUCUUUGUGAUUACACUUCAGAUCUACACCGCGGUCGUGCUGGGACGUUGCUGGACCAUUGCUGAAAGGCUGGACCCAUCGAUUGUGGCCAAAAACCGCUACCCAUAUGCUGCCAUCGCCGAGUUUACUUAUGGCAAGCGGAUGAGCGUCUUCGUCACGGUGCUUCUCGAUUUGACCGUGUUCGGUGGAGGUAUUCCGAAUCUGCUAGUAGCCGCUCAAAACCUGCAGCUUCUUGGAACCCGUGUCAGUGGAGACACGUUCGAGAUUUCGUUCUGCUACUGGCUGCUCAUAAUCGGUCUGUUCCUGUGUCCAAUUAUGUGGUUAGGUAGCCCGAAAAACAUGCGAACCCUGGCCAGUGUGUCGGUGGUGGUGUGCAGCAGUGUGGCGCUUUUGACCUGGAUAUCCAUCGGUGAGGAUACCUCCGGAAGCUUUACGCCGUUCAAGGACAUCACGCUAGGUUUGCCGCCGUUCGUGCAGUUGCUUAAGACGUACGGAAUAAUUGCUUUUCAGUUCGACAUCCACCCGAUGCUGCUAACCAUCCAGGUCGAUAUGCAGCACAAACAGCAGAUCGGAAAAGCGGUGUGGUAUGGCAUCUGCACCACUUGUUCGCUGUCGGCCAUAACCACUCUACUGACGGCCUAUCGCUACGGCAUGGAUGCGACCAACAACGUGCUGCAGAUUUUACCACGUAGCUGGUCGUUGUACCUCACUAUUUUGCUCGUAACGUUGCAACUAUGCUUGUCCAGUGCCGUGGGUAAUUCGGCUCUAUUUCAGCACAUUGAAGAUGUUCUCGGUGCUUCGAGGGACUUCACCAUUAAACGGUGUCUCAUUCGAUCGACUCUCGUAUGGCUAGGGGUUUUAAUCGCAGAAAUAUUACCCCGUUUUGAUUUGGUGAUGGGAAUAAUCGGUGGUACUCUUACCGGCCCAUUGAUUUUUAUUCUGCCACCACUAUUCUAUCAACGGAUGCUGGAGCUAGAGAAAAUUUACAGUCAGGAGUUGAAGCGAUCAUACUCAUCGGAGUCAUCCCAGUUUUCGGAGGAUAUCACCGGUGACACGACAGAUGACGAUCUAUCAGCUUCCGGCGUUCGUCGAAGCUGGUACGGUUCGAUAGGAUCCCAAGGAUCGCUAUCGAUGGCUAAGUUAAGAAGUUCCGUUCAGGGAUGCGUCGACUUGCUAGGCAUUCGAUUGAAACAGUUUUGUCAGCUCAUGUAUAGUGAUUGCAUUCUCGCCGGAGCAGUGAUUAUUUUCGGCCUAGCUGCGACGUUGGCUUCCACUUAUUAUAAUUUGUUUGACGUUCGAGAAUCCCAAUUGUGGUUUUCUUGCCUUAGUGGGUGGCGGCGAUAA